GAGAGGCUGGUCUCGGCUUGAGGAGCAGGCAGGGGAACGGGUGGAGCUUCAGCGGUCUUUUUAGCAGCACUUGACACGGCGUGGCCCCGGCGUAGGACAUACCUCCUCCCCCGCUACUCUCCCUGUCUACAUUCUGACCAAGAAAAGGAGCGGCGCUGAAGAUGUCUGACAAUGGGGAGGUCGAGGACAAGCCCCCAGCCCCGCCCAUGAGGAACACCAGCACCCUGAUUGGCUCCUGCGGCAAGGACCCCACCCCCAUCAACCACGGCUCCAAGCCCCUCCCACCUAACCCGGAGGACAAGAAGAAGAAAGACCGCUCCAUCCGAUUCAUCCUGACGGGCGGAGGCGACAAGACCUACAAGAAGAAAGAGCGGCCUGAGAUUUCUUUGCCGUCUGAUUUUGAACACACCAUCCAUGUUGGCUUUGAUGCCGUCACCGGGGAGUUUACUGGAAUGCCCGAGCAGUGGGCCCGCCUCCUGCAGACGUCCAACAUCACUAAACUGGAGCAGAAGAAGAAUCCCCAGGCCGUCCUGGAUGUUCUUAAAUUCUACGACUCAAAAGAGACCAGCAACAGCCAGAAAUACAUGAGCUUCACUGAUAAAAGUGCAGACGUCUUCACAUCGUCAACUGCAGCGAGCUCCAAGGCCGUGUCUGAGACGCCCGCCAUCGCCACCGUGUCUGAGGACGACGACGAAGACGAGGCCGAGCCCCCGCCCAUCAUCGCCCCUCGACCAGAACACACUAAGUCGAUAUACACUCGCUCGGUGAUCGAGCCGCUCCCGCCGCCUCCCACCAAAGAUGCCGCCACCUCCCCCAUCGCCGUGCCAACCGCCGCCCCCGCCCCCUCGGCAGAGGGCGCCCCCGGCAGCCCCCCCAGUGCGAGCCCCGCCCCCGGGCCUUCCCUUCCCCGCCCUCAGGACAAAGGAAGGAAGAAGAAGAUGUCCGACGAGGAGAUCCUGGAGAAGCUGAGAACCAUCGUGAGCGUGGGAGACCCCAAGAAGAAAUACACUCGCUUUGAGAAGAUAGGACAAGGUGCGUCCGGGACCGUUUAUACAGCCAUCGACGUCGCCACCGGACAAGAGGUGGCCAUCAAGCAGAUGAACCUUCAGCAGCAGCCCAAGAAGGAGCUGAUCAUCAAUGAGAUCCUGGUGAUGAGGGAAAACAAAAACCCAAAUAUCGUCAACUACCUGGACAGUUACCUGGUGGGUGACGAGCUGUGGGUGGUGAUGGAGUACUUGGCAGGAGGUUCGUUGACGGACGUCGUCACGGAAACCUGCAUGGACGAAGCCCAGAUAGCUGCAGUGUGCAGAGAGUGUCUCCAAGCGCUGGAGUUCCUCCACUCCAACCAGGUCAUCCACCGAGACAUCAAGAGCGACAACAUCCUGCUGGGAAUGGACGGCUCCGUCAAGCUCACUGACUUUGGCUUUUGCGCCCAGAUCACUCCAGAGCAGAGCAAGCGCAGCACCAUGGUCGGCACUCCCUACUGGAUGGCUCCAGAGGUGGUGACCCGUAAAGCCUACGGUCCCAAAGUGGACAUCUGGUCCCUGGGCAUCAUGGCCAUAGAGAUGGUGGAGGGCGAGCCGCCGUAUCUCAAUGAAAACCCACUCAGGGCGCUUUAUCUCAUAGCCACCAACGGCACGCCGGAGCUGCAGAACCCGGAGAAACUAUCCGGCACCUUCAGAGACUUCCUCAACAGGUGUUUGGAGAUGGACGUGGAGAAGAGAGGCUCGGCCAAAGAGCUGCUGCAGCAUCAGUUCCUGAAGAUGGCCAAGCCUCUCUCCAGUCUGACUCCGCUCAUCGUGGCCGCCAAGGAAGCCGCAAAGAACAACCGCUAGCGCCCCCCCUCCUCCUCCUCCUCCUCCUCCUCGUCUUCUAUGUGUCUUUCCUGAAGAUUAUCAUCUGGGUCGCAACUCCGCUGUGACCCUUGACCCCCACCCCCAGUGCUGCCCCUCCCACAAAACACUGGACUCUCGGAGGAGGGCGGGGACUGGGCCAAUGAUGUCAUUGGCCAAUCGGUGAUGUCAUCAUCAGCAGAGAGCGUCAGCAAAGACUCAUGGGAACUUUUUGUCAUUUGUUUUCUACGCUCUGUGUGUGUGUGUGUGUGCGCGUGUGUGUGUGUGUGUAUUUUAUGGAAAGUGUGUUUUAUUGCUGUCUUUUUUUAAUGGUUGUGUUGCGAGCGUGUGGUCACAGAGGGAUGCUGGGCGACCAGGUGACACGUGUCCAGUCUGCACUGCGAGCUGUUCAUCACAAGAAUCAAGUCCAAGCGCUGAUGGACGCCGUCUUGUCUCCUCAAAGCCAGCAGAUCUCAAGAAGUGGGCAUUAAACCUCAUUUAAGGCGUUCACCCAUCAUGCAAACCCGGCAGACUCCCUCCGUCAGCGCUUCCGUGACGUCUCAGAAGCUGCCGGAUCAGCGCCCGCCGUGUGGGGAAUGUGCAUGUUUUCUUUCUCGCCGCGAUGGAGAAGUGGUAGCGAACAGGCUGCGACGGACGCCGUGUGUACAAAUGAAGGGCGGGAAAUAAACGCUGCCGUUGAGUCAA